AUGGCAGCUAAGAUUCUAUUAUUCCUGUGUACGGUAGCGACCGCCCGCGCUGGUGGCUUAUACGGCGCUUCAUACGCCGCCGCCCCAGUAGCCUCAUACGCUACAUACUCAGCUGCUCCAGCUUACUCCACUUACGCCGCACCUGCCAUCUCAUCUUACGCCGUGCCCGCUGUGCAGUCGUACGCCGCUCCCGCCUACACCUCGUACGCCGCUGCCCCCGUAGCGUACUCUGCCCCCGUCGUCAAGGCCGUCGCACCCGCAGUGUCCUCCGUGUCAUCUUACUCCAGCCACACAUCCCACGGCACCCCCGUGAUCGCUAAAGCCAUCGCUCCCGUCGCGACUUACGCUGCAGCACCCGCAAUCUCUACAUACGCCGCCGCGCCCGCUUACUCCGCGUAUGCCGCACCUGCAGCGUACUCGACUUACGCCGCCGCUCCCGUGUCUUACGCGGCCCACGCUGCCCCCGUCGCCACUUACGCCGCAGCACCCGUCCUGAAAUCGGUAGCUUACUCUGCUGGACCAGCGGUCGCGUACGGUUCAUAUGGCGGCUAUGGCUCAUACGGCGGCUAUGGCUACAACAGCGGCUACGGUCACGGCUGUUUGGACCGACCUACAGCCUUGACACUGAAUAAAAGCGCCCACGGCGAUGGCACACGAAACGAGUACACUAUAAAUGUCAAUACCAACACUUACCGGCUAUGCUAUAUAAAAGCAUCUGCUGUAGGAUCCAUAUUCAUUCCAACCACAACAACGGAACAAGCAAACAUGUACACAAAGGUCGUAAUCUUCAUGUGCGCCGCGGGCAUCGCCUCCGCUGGCAACCUCCUCCACGCUGCACCAGUCGCCUACAGCAGCGCUCCCGCAGUGUCCUACCAAACCAUCUCUACCCACUCCGCGCCCGCCGUCGCUACAUACUCCGCACCAGCCAUCGCUGCUUACUCCUCACCCUACGUAACGAAGACGAUCGGCGCCCCUGUCUCUUACUCGUCCGUGGCUCAUCCCGCCGUGUCCUACUCAUCAGUCGCCCACGCUUCCCCAGUAGCGUACUCCAGCCCCGUCUACGCUAAGACCAUCGCCGCUCCCGUUGCCACUUACGCCGCGGCUGCUCCCGCUUACUCCACUUACGCCGCUGCACCCGUACUGAAGUCCGCUAUCACUUACUCCGCCGCACCCGCAGUCUCUCACGUCUCGUACUCCGGCUUAGGUGCUACCUACGCAUGGUAAACAAUUAAAUAAAAAUAAUGAUGUACAUAGGCU